CUGGAUUCAUUCACUUCUGCUCACUCGGGCGACAAGGAUUGGAGGCCAUAGGUGGGAACCAGAGAGCAAAAAGUUCACUUCACACCACAGUGUGCCAAGAGAAGGGGAACACAAAUACUCUGGAGCUCUUACUGUGUGCUGACAGUCAACCAUGGGUGACUGGAGUUUUUUGGGCAACAUCCUCGAGGAAGUAAACGAGCAUUCGACGGUAAUUGGUAGGGUGUGGCUCACGGUUCUCUUCAUCUUCCGAAUCCUCAUCUUGGGCACGGCUGCGGAGUUCGUGUGGGGCGACGAGCAAUCGGAUUACGUGUGCAACACGCAGCAGCCGGGUUGCGAGAACGUUUGCUACGACGAGGCCUUCCCCAUCUCGCACAUUCGCCUGUGGGUGCUCCAGAUCAUCUUUGUUUCCACACCUUCUUUGGUGUACGUGGGCCACGCGGUCCACCAUGUACACAUGGAGGAGAAGCGCAAGGAACGAGAGGAGGCUGAGCUCAACAGGCAGCAAGAGAUGAAUGAGGAGAGGCUGCCGAUCGCGCCCGAUCAGGGAAGCGUCCGUACGGCCAAAGAGACGAGCACGAAGGGCAGCAAGAAGUUCCGACUGGAGGGCACUCUCUUGAGGACCUAUAUCUGCCAUAUUAUCUUCAAGACACUCUUUGAGGUCGGGUUUGUGGUGGGCCAGUACUACUUGUACGGCUUCCGAAUCCUUCCGCUCUACAAGUGCAGCCGUUGGCCGUGCCCAAACACGGUUGACUGCUUCGUCUCAAGACCUACUGAGAAAACCGUGUUCAUCAUCUUCAUGUUAGCCGUGGCCUGCGUAUCACUCUUCCUCAACUUUGUGGAAAUCAGCCAUUUGGGGCUGAAAAAGAUCCACUUUGUGUUUCGUAAACCGGUGCGGCCGCAAGUUGAGGGACCAGGGGCGGCCGAAAAGGCCUUGCCUUCCAUAGCAUCCUCCUCGAUCCAGAAAGCCAAAGGCUAUAAGUUGCUAGAGGAGGACAAAGCCACAUCGCACUUCUUCCCUCUGACUGAGGUGGGGGGAAUGGAAGCUGGCCGGCUGCCGGCUCCAUACGAGCCAUUUGAGGAGAAAUCGGUCGGUGCGUCCGCACCUAAGAAAGACGUGUCUAAGAUGUACGACGAAACGCUGCCCUCCUACGCCCAGACGACCGUGAUAGGACCCAGCGCAGCGGCGGGAGUUGUACGCAGGGAUGAAGACGAGGACGAGUUGGCCAUCGAAGCAGACGUGGAAGCCAGCGAGACGAUAGAAGACACGCGACCACUCAGCAGCCUGAGCAAGGCCAGCAGUCGGGCAAGGUCAGAUGACUUGACGGUAUAAAUAAUAUAGAACUGGAUUAGGAGUGCAGCAGUAUAAAAUAUAGUUUUGGAAAGUAAAAAUGAGAAAGAAAGAGGUGCCUUUCGGCAACUGCGACGACACUUAUAAUACCAGCUCUUUAUUUUGAGGAAGAAAGCGAUUUGAAAAAAAUAAUGCUGUGCAAUUUUCAUGCGGAAACUUGAGAGCUUGAUUCAUUUUUUUUUUUUUUUUUAUACAGCAGUAUUUUUUUGUACUGUUUUUAUCAAACAGUUAACAAACCAAAGUGAUCUGCAGCAGCUAGAUCUGCAUAGGGAGGAGUUGGGAUUUAGCAAAACGUGGUGUUUUUUUUUUUUUAAAUAACAUUUUCUAUCCAGAAUUUUACUGGAAGGUGGGAUUCUGAUGUUUACAUUUUUUGGACUAGCCAUUAGCUGAAUGUUGUAUGUGAUAUUUUGUUAUUAUUCUGAUAAGAAAACUGUCAGGGCAUCAUCCUUUUCACCUCAACAAGUUCAACCAUACAUGAUGAUAAAUACUCGAUCAAGCUUAUUGAUUUGUAUGUGAAUGGUACUGUAAUGGAUAUGUGUAUGUGUGAGGUGAAACAAAUGCUGAUAGUUGCACAGUCGUUCAUCAUGGCAUAGUAGCAAAAUAUAAAGUAUCUAUUCAAAGAAAUGACCACCGCUGAUAUACGUCAAGCAUAAUAUCUUGUUUUGGUCUCACUGACUUAGUCUUUUGAUUUCCUAGACGGUAGGUUAGAGUGUAUCUAGCGAUAACUGUAAUAACUACAUUAGCCAUAGAAAAGAUUGUAGGCCACAUUCUUUCUAGUCUCUCUGCGCGUACAGCCAUGAUGAUGAUGAUAAAGAUCACGCCCAAUCAGCACAAAGUAUUGUUCGGCAAGAGACAAUAAAACAACAUUACGUGACAUGUCAACGCAGACACUCUGACAUCCUUGAUGUUGUUGGAAACAGCAUUUCUAUACCUUGGUUCUCAGUGACAUUUCAUUUAAAAAGGCUAAUUCUAAAUAUUUCAAAGGGCAGAAGGGUUUUAUAGACUUAUCAUAGCAGAGACAUGUCUUGUAUUUUAAAAUUUAGUAUGAAAUAUAGAAAAAUAAAAAUAAUCGGUUAUGUAUGAGUUUCAGUUUUCGAUUGUUUAUUUUAUUUUAAUUAUUACUUCUGACCAAUUAAAUUGUCCCUUUGUUUGUAACAUUCUCACAGUUCUACCAAAGUCAUAAUACACAAAUAUCUGAAAUGUAUCAAAAUCGUUCAUGUCGAACGAGUGUUUAUGAUAACUGGUAUGUCAAAAAAGUUAAAACUGCCUGCAUUUUCUUUUUUUCCUCUACCUUGCCAAUGGUUUCAUAUUAGUUUGAAUUGAAUGUAAAAUGUUUUAUUUCAUGUUGCUGCCAUGAAGUAAACUCUUCCAGAACCUAAAUAAUUGAAAUACAACAUUUCUAAAUGUCAUAUGUGGAUGAUAUUAUUUAAUUUCAAAAACACACAAUGCUUCGGCAGACUACAUGAGGUGAUGCAAUAUUGAACCCAGACUUAAAUAGCACAAAGAUCAUCAAAUAGGUCAAAAACAAUAUGCAGAAGUGAAAAAAAACAUCGUUUUGUCCCCUAGUUACUGGUGAAGGACGGCACUGCCUGUUCACAAAACUUCAAAACAAAUUAUUAAAAGGUUUAUCUCCUCUGUUUCAUGUCUCUGAUAAACAGUUCUUCACUGUGUCUUUUCUCAGAAAAUGGAAAGUGGUUAGCGGAAACAACAAUGAAACCCUGAGGGCUGUUAUUGAUAAGAUAAAAGCAUAAGAUUACUUCAUAGAGAAGCUUGCAUGAAAUGCAAAACUAAACAGCCAAUCUAUUACCACAGAGUUUGCAGCAGAGGACUAGUGCUACAUUUUUGCUGUGGUGACAGACGUAGCGCAGACAGCGGUCAGCCCGUUUGCCGAAUUGUAACAGCACACAUCAGGGUGAUGAGAGUAAAUCUGAUUAUUGGCUCUGUGAGUUUCAAUGGCAAAUUGUACUGGAAAGUACUUUGUUUCAGGCCUUCUGCUAUUUUU